AUGAUCUUAUCACGAGGGCGGGGCCAACAACCCACUCCCGUCAGCAAUCUCCAUCCCCGUCCCCAUCCCCAUCCCCAUCCCCAUCCCCAUCCCCAUCCCCAUCCCCAUCCCCAUCCCCAUCCCCAUCCCCAUCCCCAUCCCCAUCCCCAUCCCCAUCCCUAUUUCAACUCCAUCCCCAUCCCCAUCCCCAUCCCGAUCCUCAUCCCCAUCCCCAUCCCCAUCCCCAUCCCCAUCCCCAUACCCAUCUCCCUCCCCAUCCCCAUCGCCAUCGCUGCCUGCAGGAUCGUGUCAGGCAACCAGUUCACGGGGGCCGUGCCCAUGCCAGCCUCCAAGAGCCUGGCCACGGUGGACGUGCAGAGCAACUACUUCUCCUCCGCUCCCACCCGCCCCAAGAACUGCUCCGCUGUGCGCCUCUGGCUCUUCGACAACUGCCUGCCCACCACCACCACCCUCUGUGGGCUCAACCAGGAGCAGCGAAGCAAGGAGAGCUGCACCGCGUUCUGUGGGGCCUCCUCUGCUUCCACCCCCAUGAUGCUGAGUGGCUCGGCGCUGACCUCUGCUGGCGGCGCGCUGCUGCUCACCCCCAAGGCCAACGUCAAAUGGGGCACGGCUUUCACAGCGGCGCCUCUCCCCCUCUUCUCCUACUUCAACACCAAGGCCACAUGCGGUUACCAGCUCGCCUUCAAUGCAUCCCUUGCCUUCUCGCUCGACCCGGACUCAGAGGCGGGCGGGGAUGGGCUCAUGUUUGUCGUUGCUGCGGCGAUGCCAGACCGGCUGGGAAGGGUGGGGAAGCGGAGUGUGGCAGUAGAGUUUGACUCGGUACUGAGUGUAAAGCACAGCCACCCCAACGACAACAACGUUGGUGUCAAUGUGGGCGGCUCACCUGUGUCCCUCGCCUCUGCCACGGCCCCUCUCAUCCUCAACGACGCCCACACCAAGCACGCCUGGAUCCACUACGACCCCACCAGCGUGGUGGCAGCGGUGGAGGCAGCCCACGGGAUCGCGGGCGACUGGGCGCAGGCCCCCGUGCUGUCGGUGGAGCAUCUGCGCCUCGCCCUCUCCUCCAACUGCGACGGUGGCUCGCCCACCAAGGCGCUGCAGUUCCUCCUCAACGCCACCGCGCAGGGCAAGGGCUUGCUGGAGGAGGCUGCGUACUCUCAAGGGCUGCUCUUGAAGGAAGAUCGUUGGUGA